ACUUCUUAUAAUAUCCCGGCCUGGCCCAUCUCCGCAUCUGGUCUCUCCCCUCCCACCCCAUCUUUCUUCCUGUCAACUGUCACUAUUCCUAUUACUGCUUCUCCUCCUUGCCUGAGACAGUCACUGUGCUCAAGCUUUGACUCUUUUGUGAUUGUUUCAUCGCUUCGUCUCUGACCCCACCGCAACACUCUCUGUUCUCUCCCUCGAUCCCACCGUUUCGUUAGCCUUCAUCGUCGCCAUGGCUGGUCCCGGUGGUGGCCCUCCUCGCAAGAGCCACACCAAGUCUCGCUUCGGCUGCAAGACAUGCAAGCGGCGGCACAUCCGCUGUGACGAAACUUUCCCACAAUGCCGGAACUGCACCAAGCACAACUGUCGCUGCGACUACAUGGAUGUUGCCACGGUCCACGACGACGCAUCUUCUAUGCGCAAUGUACCCGACCUGCUCAUGUCCGCCGAAAUCGAAAUGGAGAUCAAAAACUGGCAGUUCACCGGCGUGGCUCCGUUUGCUGAGCUGUUGCAGUUCCCGCGUACCUGCUGGACUAAGCUCUCGCUGACUGAUCUGCGCCUGAUUCAUCACAUUGUUGGUCUGUCUAUUGAUCUCCAGCGACGCGGUCUCGCUGGCUGCACCAUUUGGGCGCAGAAGAUGCCUGCUUUCCUCGCUAUUGCCAUCUCUAAUGACUUUGUUAUGAGCGCCAUUCUGACCAUGUCCGCCUCCCACCUCGCCUGGAUCACCCGCAACCAGGAGACGAAACAACUUGCCUACCACCACCGCGGUGUUGCUAUCCAGGGCCUGCAUAAUGCUCUGGGGGCGUUUUCCAAGGACAACUGCGAUGCAAUUCUGGCUGCCUCGAUCAUUCUAUCGUGGCAGGCGUCGGAGUGGCAGAGCUGGGCGUCUUUGCAGCAGGGUCUUACAACGGUAUUGGGUUCCAUGCAUCCGAUGUGGAAGCAAGAGUCCGAGUUGGCUAUGUUCCUGGAAAAUCAGCGGUAUCUGGGAUGCACCAACACUCCCGUCAUGUCGGGCUACCAGUUCCAAGACGAAGACCUGGCCAGCCUCGACCAAACCGUCGUGGCACUCCAGGCCCUGCAGAAGCGGGUUGCACAUAAUCAUGAGCACUACCGCCGAAUCGGGGAAUUGCUGGAGUUUGUACGACACUUCCAGCGAGAUCUCCUUUCCCAAACUCCCGAACAGGCCUUUGAGCGCAUGCAGCCCCUACGGAGAUGGCUGUUCUGGCUUCCGCCUGCCAUGCUGCGACCUGAAGAUGCCGACAUCGGGUCGCUAGCCAUUCUGGCCCAGUUCUUUGGGGUUGGAGUGGUACUCGACAGCCUCUUUCCCGACUUGGGCGGUGCGUACCUUGGCCCGCUCUCCAUCGGUCCGAUCGAAGAAAUCUACCGCAUGGUAGUUGCUCGGAGCACAGCCGAUCCUUUCCACCCCGAUGCACACCUUGCACUAUCUGCCAUGGAUCUUCCUCGCCAUAUUGUCGCCAAGUACAAAAGCCGGCUUCAGUGGUCUCCGCGCACCUCCCUUGACCACUACUCUCCUGCACCUCCCAGUCCGUAUCACAGCCUCCACGAUUACCGCCUCGCUUCAUCCUCUCCGUCUUCCGCCUCCGCCACGUACGCCCCUUACACCCCGCCUCUGCAGUCCCCUCCCGAGGUGACCAUCGCCAGCCCCCCGUUUGACGUCAGCGGAGCCUAUGUGACGGCACCAGCGUCGCAGGCCUUGUAUCCGAACUCCCCACGGCUGCUCUCGGACCCUCGUGACGAUCUCUCGGAUUACAGCCACGCGGGAUCUCUGCAGCACUCCCCUGCGUUUCCGCCCCCAUAUCUUGGCGACGUGGUGUGCGGGGGACUGCCACGGGUGAACAAUGGCGGGCUGGGGCUAAACAUGCAGCUCUACGAAGAAACUCCGGUGAUGGUUGGUGGGUACAACACAGCACCCGAGAGGGGAUGGCACUAGGAGAACCUUGGAGUGAUUUCAAUUCGUUUCCUAUGUUUUAAUUUUAUCAUCUUUAGCUACGGAGCGGAUACGGAAAACGGCAUAAAGCGGGAUCAGAUGAACUGGGAUAGGACGGC